CUCCGGGCUGCCCAGCCCCCGUCACCUUCUCCCAAGCUGCAGUAUAAGGAGUAGUGGCAGGGAGGAGGCCUCUGGGAAGGCAGGGGAGUCUGGGAAAGGAGAGAGUAGGCUGCAGACCUAGAAGGAGUUAGAACAAGAAGUCAGAAGGAAGAAGAGAACGGAGGAGGGCACACGAACACAGAGAAAGGGCCGACAGAAGGAAACGUGGGUGGGAAAAAGACACUUAGGAGGGAGAAGGAGUGAGGCCGAGAUGAAGUUACAGGGGUCCCUGGCCUGCCUCCUGCUGGCCCUGUACCUGGGCAGUGGGGAGGCUGGCCCGUUGCUGAGUGGAGGGGCAAGCGCUGAAACAGGUUUUGGGGAGGCUGCUGGACAGGCAGUGGGAGAUGCCAUUAAUCAUGGAAUCAGGGAGGCCAUUGACCAAGGGGCUGGAGAGGCAGCCCAUGCUCUUGGAAACACUGGGAGUGAGGCUGGCAGACAGGCUGAGAACAUUAUUCGACAUGGAAUAGAUGCUGCCCACAGCUCCUGGCAGGGGAUGCCUGGCAGCAACAGUGCUUGGGGAACCAAUGGCCAGCCUCCAUCUGGAGGCCACAGCACCUUUGGUUCUCAGGAUGGCCUCAGAGCCCAAAGCCAGAGCAUUCCUGAAGGUCCAGGGAAUCCCUGGAUCCAUGGAGUCUCUGGAGGCUCAGGUGGCAACUUUGGAACUAACUCUCAAGGAAGCUCCUGGGGCCAAGGAGGCAAUGGAGGGCCAUACAACGUGGGGACCAACGCUCAGGGAGCUGUGGCCCAACCUGGUUAUGGCUCAGUGAGGGGCAACAACAAUCCAAAUACUGAGUGCACCAACUCUCCGCCCUCCGGCUCAGGUGGAAGCUCUAGCAACUCUUGGGGAAGCAGUGGCGGCAACAGCGGCGGCAGCAGCGGUGGCGGCAGCGGCAGCGGCGGCAGCGGCGGCAGCGGCAGCAGCGGUGGCAACAGCAAUAGUGGUGGCAGCAGCAGUGGUGGAAGCAGCAGUGGUGGAAGCAGCAGUGGUGACAGCAGUGGUGGCAGCAGCAGUGGCAGUAGCGGCAGCGGAGGCAGAGGCAGUGGUGGCAGCAGCAGCGGCAGCAGUUCUGGAGGCAACUGGGAACAUGGUUCCAGCUCUUCCUCAGGAAGCAGUGGAGGAAGUGGUGGAAAUAAACCCGGGUGUGACAACCCAGGAAAUGAAGUCCGAGUGGCUGGAGGAUCUGGGGCUCAGGGAAUAAGCAAGGAAGGUAGUCGCCUCAUUGGGAACUCCCAAGGCAAUUAUCAGGGGCAAGGGUCCAGUGGGGGAGGUGAAGCUGUCGGUGGAAUCGAUAAUUUGAACUCUCAGACAUCUCCUGGGCUCUUCAACUUCGACACUUUCUGGAAGAACUUUAAAUCCAAGCUGGGUUUCAUUAACUGGGAUGCCAUAAACAAGGGCCAAGUCCCAUCCCCCAGCACUCGAGCCCUCCUCUACUUCAGUCGACUCUGGGAGGAUUUCAAACACAAUACUCCUUUUUUGAACUGGAAAGCAAUUAUUGAGGAUGACUAUUCAUCAUCAUCACUUCAGAAGAGGGCAGGCAGUGCUGGUCAGCCUGGUGCAGGAUGGCCAGAGGUAGAAGCUGUAACUUCUAAGAACUACAAUUAUAACCAGCAGGCAUAUCCUCCUGUUUCUGGUGGGCAGUACUCCGCCAAAGUUCCCUCUAAGAACAAUAAAGCCCUGUCCUCAAGGAGAAGCCUUCCACUGAGAGAUCAGAAACUCUGUGCUGACAGGUGAAGCGGCAGUCCAUACUGCCUGUGGGUGUCCACUUUGCCAAUUAUUUGUGGCCAAUUUCCAUCCGCCUUGCAGGCAGAGGGAGUCCUACCUAUUCUCAUCCACUUCCUGUGGGCAGAGUGUGCUAAGGGAGCACAUUCAGUAUCAUCUUGGGUAAUGUGUACUUCGAAUGAUAAAUUCUGCUGUGAAAAAACUUCCAUGGGCUGAAUGUCUACAGUCAGACCAAAGGAGCUUUGAGAUAAACUGGUUUGAUCUUGCCUCUUCCACUGAGCCCUUU